GUUUGAGGUCAAGCUGACCCCUGUCCUUGCAAGUUUCACUGCAGAGAUGCUAGCAACAGCCAUCAACAACACCACCUGCACUAACUACCGAGUGAUUGUUUCAGGAAUAAGCAGUGUGUUCUCUAAGAUGACUGCCAGCAGGAGGGAGGAAAUAACAAAGGUUUUAGUCAAACACCUGAAGAAUCUUGCUGCACAGCUAAACACACCAGUUUGCAGAAAGGAUAUCCACAGUGACGCUGACUGGCUGAGAAUCAACUUGGGUCUGUUCUCGACAACAGCUGACUACUCUGAUCUCAAAGACUUGAAUAUCUCUGGGGUGGUGGUCCUGGACUCCCUUUCUGCACAACAGAAAGCAGAGCUGAUACUAGAUCCAUCCAGUGGUGCUCUAGAGAAUGAGACGCUGGUGAAGGAAGUGCUGACAGGAAUACUCUCAUCCUCUGGGAAGGAGCAGCUCUAUGUGUUCUUUGAGACUUUUGUCAACGUCACCGAAGAGGAACAAAUUUACUUCAUUGAAAACGCAGCUGUGAGAGACACAAUUCUGAAUGUGACAUUGACGGCUCUUGCUCCCAAAUUUAACGUCUUCCCACCGAGUCAGUUUGAGUUGUGGUUCCAAGAGAAUCUUUUCGUUGUACUGGCCAGUUUCCGACCCUCUUGGUUGCUCGUGAUCCCUAGAAAACCUCAGCUGUGACUCCUACAAGGCAAUUUUGAAAGGCAUGGAUAUGAGUCUGGCAGUCCUUCCACGCGACCUUGAUCAGAACCUAAGAUCAAGCAGAGAAAUGCUGAGCCAGACUUUGCCAAAAGAUUGCACAGUGCCCGUCCCUGUUGGUGUGUGCAAGAAGACAGUAGUAGAUGCAUCACGCGUUUGUCAAGGGGUAGGGAGUCCUCCACUUCAGAGUCAAGUGUCCUUUGGAAACGUCUCUGCACAGCUCUGCAACUUUAGCAUCUCUCACUACGCCUGUUCAUCAGUGGUGGCUCUGUCCUCCAGUGAUCUGGUCAAAGUCAUGGCAUGCAAGCUGACCAGCAGCAUGAACUACAGCAGGGAGAUUUGGAAUCUUUUCUUCCAAAAGUUUGCAGCACCUCUGGAUGAAGCCCUGGAUGCCUACUCCAACAUGACCCUCAACAUCAGUCUGCCUGACCCAUACGUUCUUGAUGCCAUCGGUGAGGUGAAAGUCAACAACUUCAGCAAUGCACAGCUUGCGGAUUCCGUUUUCAUCACCAAGUGGUUCCAGACGAGGCUCAGACCAUUUUUGUCAUCAGUGUCCGUAGACUUCCUCUCUUGUCUCAGUUCCAAGAACUUCAGCUGUCAAACCUACCAAGUUGUGGUGGAGGCUUUUAGCAGGCAAGAUCAACUCAUGGAAGAAGAACAGAAAUGGUCCAUCUUUACUUAUUUCAUCUAUCCUUUCCUCUCAAGAGACGACCUAUCAGAUCCCGGUUGUGUUUCCAGCACUUCUGGCAGCGGUGACUGGCUAGCAAAGAACCUUGGCAAGUUCUCCAUCUAUGCCACCUUGGAAGAUCUUGGAAUUCUAAAUGAAAAUUUCUCCAGCUUUGUCUCUUUGGACCUGCUGACUCCUAGCCAAGCAGCUGAACUCACUCUGUCCUCUGGAGCACUGAACAGUACAAGUCAGAUCAACCUAGUCUUCUACCGACUAGAGAAAGGCGAUGCUUUCAAGAAUGUGGAUGAGUUUUUCACAGCCCUUAUUGAUCAGGAGCAGGUUGGCAAAAUCAUCCCUGCGGUGAGAGAUGUGAUGAUGAAUCUAACCUUCAAAAUCAUCAGCAUUAAGUUUCCACAGUUUGAGACCUCUGACUGGAUCGACUGGUUUGAGGUCAAGCUGACCCCUGUCCUUGCAAGUUUCACUGCAGAGAUGCUAGCAACAGCCAUCAACAACACCACCUGCACUAACUACCGAGUGAUUGUUUCAGGAAUAAGCAGUGUGUUCUCUAAGAUGACUGCCAGCAGGAGGGAGGAAAUAACAAAGGUUUUAGUCAAACACCUGAAGAAUCUUGCUGCACAGCUAAACACACCAGUUUGCAGAAAGGAUAUCCACAGUGACGCUGACUGGCUGAGAAUCAACUUGGGUCUGUUCUCGACAACAGCUGACUACUCUGAUCUCAAAGACUUGAAUAUCUCUGGGGUGGUGGUCCUGGACUCCCUUUCUGCACAACAGAAAGCAGAGCUGAUACUAGAUCCAUCCAGUGGUGCUCUAGAGAAUGAGACGCUGGUGAAGGAAGUGCUGACAGGAAUACUCUCAUCCUCUGGGAAGGAGCAGCUCUAUGUGUUCUUUGAGACUUUUGUCAACGUCACCGAAGAGGAACAAAUUUACUUCAUUGAAAACGCAGCUGUGAGAGACACAAUUCUGAAUGUGACAUUGACGGCUCUUGCUCCCAAAUUUAACGUCUUCCCACCGAGUCAGUUUGAGUUGUGGUUCCAAGAGAAUCUUUUCGUUGUACUGGCCAGUUUCCGACCCUCUUGGUUGCUCGUGAUCCCUAGAAACCUCAGCUGUGACUCCUACAAGGCAAUUUUGAAAGGCAUGGAUAUGAGUCUGGCAGUCCUUCCACGCGACCUUGAUCAGAACCUAAGAUCAAGCAGAGAAAUGCUGAGCCAGACUUUGCCAAAAGAUUGCACAGUGCCCGUCCCUGUUGGUGUGUGCAAGAAGACAGUAGUAGAUGCAUCACGCGUUUGUCAAGGGGUAGGGAGUCCUCCACUUCAGAGUCAAGUGUCCUUUGGAAACGUCUCUGCACAGCUCUGCAACUUUAGCAUCUCUCACUACGCCUGUUCAUCAGUGGUGGCUCUGUCCUCCAGUGAUCUGGUCAAAGUCAUGGCAUGCAAGCUGACCAGCAGCAUGAACUACAGCAGGGAGAUUUGGAAUCUUUUCUUCCAAAAGUUUGCAGCACCUCUGGAUGAAGCCCUGGAUGCCUACUCCAACAUGACCCUCAACAUCAGUCUGCCUGACCCAUACGUUCUUGAUGCCAUCGGUGAGGUGAAAGUCAACAACUUCAGCAAUGCACAGCUUGCGGAUUCCGUUUUCAUCACCAAGUGGUUCCAGACGAGGCUCAGACCAUUUUUGUCAUCAGUGUCCGUAGACUUCCUCUCUUGUCUCAGUUCCAAGAACUUCAGCUGUCAAACCUACCAAGUUGUGGUGGAGGCUUUUAGCAGGCAAGAUCAACUCAUGGAAGAAGAACAGAAAUGGUCCAUCUUUACUUAUUUCAUCUAUCCUUUCCUCUCAAGAGACGACCUAUCAGAUCCCGGUUGUGUUUCCAGCACUUCUGGCAGCGGUGACUGGCUAGCAAAGAACCUUGGCAAGUUCUCCAUGUAUGCCACCUUGGAAGAUCUUGGAAUUCUAAAUGAAAAUUUCUCCAGCUUUGUCUCUUUGGACCUGCUGACUCCUAGCCAAGCAGCUGAACUCACUCUGUCCUCUGGAGCACUGAACAGUACAAGUCAGAUCAACCUAGUCUUCUACCGACUAGAGAAAGGCGAUGCUUUCAAGAAUGUGGAUGAGUUUUUCACAGCCCUUAUUGAUCAGGAGCAGGUUGGCAAAAUCAUCCCUGCGGUGAGAGAUGUGAUGAUGAAUCUAACCUUCAAAAUCAUCAGCAUUAAGUUUCCACAGUUUGAGACCUCUGACUGGAUCGACUGGUUUGAGGUCAAGCUGACCCCUGUCCUUGCAAGUUUCACUGCAGAGAUGCUAGCAACAGCCAUCAACAACACCACCUGCACUAACUACCGAGUGAUUGUUUCAGGAAUAAGCAGUGUGUUCUCUAAGAUGACUGCCAGCAGGAGGGAGGAAAUAACAAAGGUUUUAGUCAAACACCUGAAGAAUCUUGCUGCACAGCUAAACACACCAGUUUGCAGAAAGGAUAUCCACAGUGACGCUGACUGGCUGAGAAUCAACUUGGGUCUGUUCUCGACAACAGCUGACUACUCUGAUCUCAAAGACUUGAAUAUCUCUGGGGUGGUGGUCCUGGACUCCCUUUCUGCACAACAGAAAGCAGAGCUGAUACUAGAUCCAUCCAGUGGUGCUCUAGAGAAUGAGACGCUGGUGAAGGAAGUGCUGACAGGAAUACUCUCAUCCUCUGGGAAGGAGCAGCUCUAUGUGUUCUUUGAGACUUUUGUCAACGUCACCGAAGAGGAACAAAUUUACUUCAUUGAAAACGCAGCUGUGAGAGACACAAUUCUGAAUGUGACAUUGACGGCUCUUGCUCCCAAAUUUAACGUCUUCCCACCGAGUCAGUUUGAGUUGUGGUUCCAAGAGAAUCUUUUCGUUGUACUGGCCAGUUUCCGACCCUCUUGGUUGCUCGUGAUCCCUAGAAACCUCAGCUGUGACUCCUACAAGGCAAUUUUGAAAGGCAUGGAUAUGAGUCUGGCAGUCCUUCCACGCGACCUUGAUCAGAACCUAAGAUCAAGCAGAGAAAUGCUGAGCCAGACUUUGCCAAAAGAUUGCACAGUGCCCGUCCCUGUUGGUGUGUGCAAGAAGACAGUAGUAGAUGCAUCACGCGUUUGUCAAGGGGUAGGGAGUCCUCCACUUCAGAGUCAAGUGUCCUUUGGAAACGUCUCUGCACAGCUCUGCAACUUUAGCAUCUCUCACUACGCCUGUUCAUCAGUGGUGGCUCUGUCCUCCAGUGAUCUGGUCAAAGUCAUGGCAUGCAAGCUGACCAGCAGCAUGAACUACAGCAGGGAGAUUUGGAAUCUUUUCUUCCAAAAGUUUGCAGCACCUCUGGAUGAAGCCCUGGAUGCCUACUCCAACAUGACCCUCAACAUCAGUCUGCCUGACCCAUACGUUCUUGAUGCCAUCGGUGAGGUGAAAGUCAACAACUUCAGCAAUGCACAGCUUGCGGAUUCCGUUUUCAUCACCAAGUGGUUCCAGACGAGGCUCAGACCAUUUUUGUCAUCAGUGUCCGUAGACUUCCUCUCUUGUCUCAGUUCCAAGAACUUCAGCUGUCAAACCUACCAAGUUGUGGUGGAGGCUUUUAGCAGGCAAGAUCAACUCAUGGAAGAAGAACAGAAAUGGUCCAUCUUUACUUAUUUCAUCUAUCCUUUCCUCUCAAGAGACGACCUAUCAGAUCCCGGUUGUGUUUCCAGCACUUCUGGCAGCGGUGACUGGCUAGCAAAGAACCUUGGCAAGUUCUCCAUGUAUGCCACCUUGGAAGAUCUUGGAAUUCUAAAUGAAAAUUUCUCCAGCUUUGUCUCUUUGGACCUGCUGACUCCUAGCCAAGCAGCUGAACUCACUCUGUCCUCUGGAGCACUGAACAGUACAAGUCAGAUCAACCUAGUCUUCUACCGACUAGAGAAAGGCGAUGCUUUCAAGAAUGUGGAUGAGUUUUUCACAGCCCUUAUUGAUCAGGAGCAGGUUGGCAAAAUCAUCCCUGCGGUGAGAGAUGUGAUGAUGAAUCUAACCUUCAAAAUCAUCAGCAUUAAGUUUCCACAGUUUGAGACCUCUGACUGGAUCGACUGGUUUGAGGUCAAGCUGACCCCUGUCCUUGCAAGUUUCACUGCAGAGAUGCUAGCAACAGCCAUCAACAACACCACCUGCACUAACUACCGAGUGAUUGUUUCAGGAAUAAGCAGUGUGUUCUCUAAGAUGACUGCCAGCAGGAGGGAGGAAAUAACAAAGGUUUUAGUCAAACACCUGAAGAAUCUUGCUGCACAGCUAAACACACCAGUUUGCAGAAAGGAUAUCCACAGUGACGCUGACUGGCUGAGAAUCAACUUGGGUCUGUUCUCGACAACAGCUGACUACUCUGAUCUCAAAGACUUGAAUAUCUCUGGGGUGGUGGUCCUGGACUCCCUUUCUGCACAACAGAAAGCAGAGCUGAUACUAGAUCCAUCCAGUGGUGCUCUAGAGAAUGAGACGCUGGUGAAGGAAGUGCUGACAGGAAUACUCUCAUCCUCUGGGAAGGAGCAGCUCUAUGUGUUCUUUGAGACUUUUGUCAACGUCACCGAAGAGGAACAAAUUUACUUCAUUGAAAACGCAGCUGUGAGAGACACAAUUCUGAAUGUGACAUUGACGGCUCUUGCUCCCAAAUUUAACGUCUUCCCACCGAGUCAGUUUGAGUUGUGGUUCCAAGAGAAUCUUUUCGUUGUACUGGCCAGUUUCCGACCCUCUUGGUUGCUCGUGAUCCCUAGAAACCUCAGCUGUGACUCCUACAAGGCAAUUUUGAAAGGCAUGGAUAUGAGUCUGGCAGUCCUUCCACGCGACCUUGAUCAGAACCUAAGAUCAAGCAGAGAAAUGCUGAGCCAGACUUUGCCAAAAGAUUGCACAGUGCCCGUCCCUGUUGGUGUGUGCAAGAAGACAGUAGUAGAUGCAUCACGCGUUUGUCAAGGGGUAGGGAGUCCUCCACUUCAGAGUCAAGUGUCCUUUGGAAACGUCUCUGCACAGCUCUGCAACUUUAGCAUCUCUCACUACGCCUGUUCAUCAGUGGUGGCUCUGUCCUCCAGUGAUCUGGUCAAAGUCAUGGCAUGCAAGCUGACCAGCAGCAUGAACUACAGCAGGGAGAUUUGGAAUCUUUUCUUCCAAAAGUUUGCAGCACCUCUGGAUGAAGCCCUGGAUGCCUACUCCAACAUGACCCUCAACAUCAGUCUGCCUGACCCAUACGUUCUUGAUGCCAUCGGUGAGGUGAAAGUCAACAACUUCAGCAAUGCACAGCUUGCGGAUUCCGUUUUCAUCACCAAGUGGUUCCAGACGAGGCUCAGACCAUUUUUGUCAUCAGUGUCCGUAGACUUCCUCUCUUGUCUCAGUUCCAAGAACUUCAGCUGUCAAACCUACCAAGUUGUGGUGGAGGCUUUUAGCAGGCAAGAUCAACUCAUGGAAGAAGAACAGAAAUGGUCCAUCUUUACUUAUUUCAUCUAUCCUUUCCUCUCAAGAGACGACCUAUCAGAUCCCGGUUGUGUUUCCAGCACUUCUGGCAGCGGUGACUGGCUAGCAAAGAACCUUGGCAAGUUCUCCAUGUAUGCCACCUUGGAAGAUCUUGGAAUUCUAAAUGAAAAUUUCUCCAGCUUUGUCUCUUUGGACCUGCUGACUCCUAGCCAAGCAGCUGAACUCACUCUGUCCUCUGGAGCACUGAACAGUACAAGUCAGAUCAACCUAGUCUUCUACCGACUAGAGAAAGGCGAUGCUUUCAAGAAUGUGGAUGAGUUUUUCACAGCCCUUAUUGAUCAGGAGCAGGUUGGCAAAAUCAUCCCUGCGGUGAGAGAUGUGAUGAUGAAUCUAACCUUCAAAAUCAUCAGCAUUAAGUUUCCACAGUUUGAGACCUCUGACUGGAUCGACUGGUUUGAGGUCAAGCUGACCCCUGUCCUUGCAAGUUUCACUGCAGAGAUGCUAGCAACAGCCAUCAACAACACCACCUGCACUAACUACCGAGUGAUUGUUUCAGGAAUAAGCAGUGUGUUCUCUAAGAUGACUGCCAGCAGGAGGGAGGAAAUAACAAAGGUUUUAGUCAAACACCUGAAGAAUCUUGCUGCACAGCUAAACACACCAGUUUGCAGAAAGGAUAUCCACAGUGACGCUGACUGGCUGAGAAUCAACUUGGGUCUGUUCUCGACAACAGCUGACUACUCUGAUCUCAAAGACUUGAAUAUCUCUGGGGUGGUGGUCCUGGACUCCCUUUCUGCACAACAGAAAGCAGAGCUGAUACUAGAUCCAUCCAGUGGUGCUCUAGAGAAUGAGACGCUGGUGAAGGAAGUGCUGACAGGAAUACUCUCAUCCUCUGGGAAGGAGCAGCUCUAUGUGUUCUUUGAGACUUUUGUCAACGUCACCGAAGAGGAACAAAUUUACUUCAUUGAAAACGCAGCUGUGAGAGACACAAUUCUGAAUGUGACAUUGACGGCUCUUGCUCCCAAAUUUAACGUCUUCCCACCGAGUCAGUUUGAGUUGUGGUUCCAAGAGAAUCUUUUCGUUGUACUGGCCAGUUUCCGACCCUCUUGGUUGCUCGUGAUCCCUAGAAACCUCAGCUGUGACUCCUACAAGGCAAUUUUGAAAGGCAUGGAUAUGAGUCUGGCAGUCCUUCCACGCGACCUUGAUCAGAACCUAAGAUCAAGCAGAGAAAUGCUGAGCCAGACUUUGCCAAAAGAUUGCACAGUGCCCGUCCCUGUUGGUGUGUGCAAGAAGACAGUAGUAGAUGCAUCACGCGUUUGUCAAGGGGUAGGGAGUCCUCCACUUCAGAGUCAAGUGUCCUUUGGAAACGUCUCUGCACAGCUCUGCAACUUUAGCAUCUCUCACUACGCCUGUUCAUCAGUGGUGGCUCUGUCCUCCAGUGAUCUGGUCAAAGUCAUGGCAUGCAAGCUGACCAGCAGCAUGAACUACAGCAGGGAGAUUUGGAAUCUUUUCUUCCAAAAGUUUGCAGCACCUCUGGAUGAAGCCCUGGAUGCCUACUCCAACAUGACCCUCAACAUCAGUCUGCCUGACCCAUACGUUCUUGAUGCCAUCGGUGAGGUGAAAGUCAACAACUUCAGCAAUGCACAGCUUGCGGAUUCCGUUUUCAUCACCAAGUGGUUCCAGACGAGGCUCAGACCAUUUUUGUCAUCAGUGUCCGUAGACUUCCUCUCUUGUCUCAGUUCCAAGAACUUCAGCUGUCAAACCUACCAAGUUGUGGUGGAGGCUUUUAGCAGGCAAGAUCAACUCAUGGAAGAAGAACAGAAAUGGUCCAUCUUUACUUAUUUCAUCUAUCCUUUCCUCUCAAGAGACGACCUAUCAGAUCCCGGUUGUGUUUCCAGCACUUCUGGCAGCGGUGACUGGCUAGCAAAGAACCUUGGCAAGUUCUCCAUGUAUGCCACCUUGGAAGAUCUUGGAAUUCUAAAUGAAAAUUUCUCCAGCUUUGUCUCUUUGGACCUGCUGACUCCUAGCCAAGCAGCUGAACUCACUCUGUCCUCUGGAGCACUGAACAGUACAAGUCAGAUCAACCUAGUCUUCUACCGACUAGAGAAAGGCGAUGCUUUCAAGAAUGUGGAUGAGUUUUUCACAGCCCUUAUUGAUCAGGAGCAGGUUGGCAAAAUCAUCCCUGCGGUGAGAGAUGUGAUGAUGAAUCUAACCUUCAAAAUCAUCAGCAUUAAGUUUCCACAGUUUGAGACCUCUGACUGGAUCGACUGGUUUGAGGUCAAGCUGACCCCUGUCCUUGCAAGUUUCACUGCAGAGAUGCUAGCAACAGCCAUCAACAACACCACCUGCACUAACUACCGAGUGAUUGUUUCAGGAAUAAGCAGUGUGUUCUCUAAGAUGACUGCCAGCAGGAGGGAGGAAAUAACAAAGGUUUUAGUCAAACACCUGAAGAAUCUUGCUGCACAGCUAAACACACCAGUUUGCAGAAAGGAUAUCCACAGUGACGCUGACUGGCUGAGAAUCAACUUGGGUCUGUUCUCGACAACAGCUGACUACUCUGAUCUCAAAGACUUGAAUAUCUCUGGGGUGGUGGUCCUGGACUCCCUUUCUGCACAACAGAAAGCAGAGCUGAUACUAGAUCCAUCCAGUGGUGCUCUAGAGAAUGAGACGCUGGUGAAGGAAGUGCUGACAGGAAUACUCUCAUCCUCUGGGAAGGAGCAGCUCUAUGUGUUCUUUGAGACUUUUGUCAACGUCACCGAAGAGGAACAAAUUUACUUCAUUGAAAACGCAGCUGUGAGAGACACAAUUCUGAAUGUGACAUUGACGGCUCUUGCUCCCAAAUUUAACGUCUUCCCACCGAGUCAGUUUGAGUUGUGGUUCCAAGAGAAUCUUUUCGUUGUACUGGCCAGUUUCCGACCCUCUUGGUUGCUCGUGAUCCCUAGAAACCUCAGCUGUGACUCCUACAAGGCAAUUUUGAAAGGCAUGGAUAUGAGUCUGGCAGUCCUUCCACGCGACCUUGAUCAGAACCUAAGAUCAAGCAGAGAAAUGCUGAGCCAGACUUUGCCAAAAGAUUGCACAGUGCCCGUCCCUGUUGGUGUGUGCAAGAAGACAGUAGUAGAUGCAUCACGCGUUUGUCAAGGGGUAGGGAGUCCUCCACUUCAGAGUCAAGUGUCCUUUGGAAACGUCUCUGCACAGCUCUGCAACUUUAGCAUCUCUCACUACGCCUGUUCAUCAGUGGUGGCUCUGUCCUCCAGUGAUCUGGUCAAAGUCAUGGCAUGCAAGCUGACCAGCAGCAUGAACUACAGCAGGGAGAUUUGGAAUCUUUUCUUCCAAAAGUUUGCAGCACCUCUGGAUGAAGCCCUGGAUGCCUACUCCAACAUGACCCUCAACAUCAGUCUGCCUGACCCAUACGUUCUUGAUGCCAUCGGUGAGGUGAAAGUCAACAACUUCAGCAAUGCACAGCUUGCGGAUUCCGUUUUCAUCACCAAGUGGUUCCAGACGAGGCUCAGACCAUUUUUGUCAUCAGUGUCCGUAGACUUCCUCUCUUGUCUCAGUUCCAAGAACUUCAGCUGUCAAACCUACCAAGUUGUGGUGGAGGCUUUUAGCAGGCAAGAUCAACUCAUGGAAGAAGAACAGAAAUGGUCCAUCUUUACUUAUUUCAUCUAUCCUUUCCUCUCAAGAGACGACCUAUCAGAUCCCGGUUGUGUUUCCAGCACUUCUGGCAGCGGUGACUGGCUAGCAAAGAACCUUGGCAAGUUCUCCAUCUAUGCCACCUUGGAAGAUCUUGGAAUUCUAAAUGAAAAUUUCUCCAGCUUUGUCUCUUUGGACCUGCUGACUCCUAGCCAAGCAGCUGAACUCACUCUGUCCUCUGGAGCACUGAACAGUACAAGUCAGAUCAACCUAGUCUUCUACCGACUAGAGAAAGGCGAUGCUUUCAAGAAUGUGGAUGAGUUUUUCACAGCCCUUAUUGAUCAGGAGCAGGUUGGCAAAAUCAUCCCUGCGGUGAGAGAUGUGAUGAUGAAUCUAACCUUCAAAAUCAUCAGCAUUAAGUUUCCACAGUUUGAGACCUCUGACUGGAUCGACUGGUUUGAGGUCAAGCUGACCCCUGUCCUUGCAAGUUUCACUGCAGAGAUGCUAGCAACAGCCAUCAACAACACCACCUGCACUAACUACCGAGUGAUUGUUUCAGGAAUAAGCAGUGUGUUCUCUAAGAUGACUGCCAGCAGGAGGGAGGAAAUAACAAAGGUUUUAGUCAAACACCUGAAGAAUCUUGCUGCACAGCUAAACACACCAGUUUGCAGAAAGGAUAUCCACAGUGACGCUGACUGGCUGAGAAUCAACUUGGGUCUGUUCUCGACAACAGCUGACUACUCUGAUCUCAAAGACUUGAAUAUCUCUGGGGUGGUGGUCCUGGACUCCCUUUCUGCACAACAGAAAGCAGAGCUGAUACUAGAUCCAUCCAGUGGUGCUCUAGAGAAUGAGACGCUGGUGAAGGAAGUGCUGACAGGAAUACUCUCAUCCUCUGGGAAGGAGCAGCUCUAUGUGUUCUUUGAGACUUUUGUCAACGUCACCGAAGAGGAACAAAUUUACUUCAUUGAAAACGCAGCUGUGAGAGACACAAUUCUGAAUGUGACAUUGACGGCUCUUGCUCCCAAAUUUAACGUCUUCCCACCGAGUCAGUUUGAGUUGUGGUUCCAAGAGAAUCUUUUCGUUGUACUGGCCAGUUUCCGACCCUCUUGGUUGCUCGUGAUCCCUAGAAACCUCAGCUGUGACUCCUACAAGGCAAUUUUGAAAGGCAUGGAUAUGAGUCUGGCAGUCCUUCCACGCGACCUUGAUCAGAACCUAAGAUCAAGCAGAGAAAUGCUGAGCCAGACUUUGCCAAAAGAUUGCACAGUGCCCGUCCCUGUUGGUGUGUGCAAGAAGACAGUAGUAGAUGCAUCACGCGUUUGUCAAGGGGUAGGGAGUCCUCCACUUCAGAGUCAAGUGUCCUUUGGAAACGUCUCUGCACAGCUCUGCAACUUUAGCAUCUCUCACUACGCCUGUUCAUCAGUGGUGGCUCUGUCCUCCAGUGAUCUGGUCAAAGUCAUGGCAUGCAAGCUGACCAGCAGCAUGAACUACAGCAGGGAGAUUUGGAAUCUUUUCUUCCAAAAGUUUGCAGCACCUCUGGAUGAAGCCCUGGAUGCCUACUCCAACAUGACCCUCAACAUCAGUCUGCCUGACCCAUACGUUCUUGAUGCCAUCGGUGAGGUGAAAGUCAACAACUUCAGCAAUGCACAGCUUGCGGAUUCCGUUUUCAUCACCAAGUGGUUCCAGACGAGGCUCAGGCCAUUUUUGUCAUCAGUGUCCGUAGACUUCCUCUCUUGUCUCAGUUCCAAGAACUUCAGCUGUCAAACCUACCAAGUUGUGGUGGAGGCUUUUAGCAGGCAAGAUCAACUCAUGGAAGAAGAACAGAAAUGGUCCAUCUUUACUUAUUUCAUCUAUCCUUUCCUCUCAAGAGACGACCUAUCAGAUCCCGGUUGUGUUUCCAGCACUUCUGGCAGCGGUGACUGGCUAGCAAAGAACCUUGGCAAGUUCUCCAUGUAUGCCACCUUGGAAGAUCUUGGAAUUCUAAAUGAAAAUUUCUCCAGCUUUGUCUCUUUGGACCUGCUGACUCCUAGCCAAGCAGCUGAACUCACUCUGUCCUCUGGAGCACUGAACAGUACAAGUCAGAUCAACCUAGUCUUCUACCGACUAGAGAAAGGCGAUGCUUUCAAGAAUGUGGAUGAGUUUUUCACAGCCCUUAUUGAUCAGGAGCAGGUUGGCAAAAUCAUCCCUGCGGUGAGAGAUGUGAUGAUGAAUCUAACCUUCAAAAUCAUCAGCAUUAAGUUUCCACAGUUUGAGACCUCUGACUGGAUCGACUGGUUUGAGGUCAAGCUGACCCCUGUCCUUGCAAGUUUCACUGCAGAGAUGCUAGCAACAGCCAUCAACAACACCACCUGCACUAACUACCGAGUGAUUGUUUCAGGAAUAAGCAGUGUGUUCUCUAAGAUGACUGCCAGCAGGAGGGAGGAAAUAACAAAGGUUUUAGUCAAACACCUGAAGAAUCUUGCUGCACAGCUAAACACACCAGUUUGCAGAAAGGAUAUCCACAGUGACGCUGACUGGCUGAGAAUCAACUUGGGUCUGUUCUCGACAACAGCUGACUACUCUGAUCUCAAAGACUUGAAUAUCUCUGGGGUGGUGGUCCUGGACUCCCUUUCUGCACAACAGAAAGCAGAGCUGAUACUAGAUCCAUCCAGUGGUGCUCUAGAGAAUGAGACGCUGGUGAAGGAAGUGCUGACAGGAAUACUCUCAUCCUCUGGGAAGGAGCAGCUCUAUGUGUUCUUUGAGACUUUUGUCAACGUCACCGAAGAGGAACAAAUUUACUUCAUUGAAAACGCAGCUGUGAGAGACACAAUUCUGAAUGUGACAUUGACGGCUCUUGCUCCCAAAUUUAACGUCUUCCCACCGAGUCAGUUUGAGUUGUGGUUCCAAGAGAAUCUUUUCGUUGUACUGGCCAGUUUCCGACCCUCUUGGUUGCUCGUGAUCCCUAGAAACCUCAGCUGUGACUCCUACAAGGCAAUUUUGAAAGGCAUGGAUAUGAGUCUGGCAGUCCUUCCACGCGACCUUGAUCAGAACCUAAGAUCAAGCAGAGAAAUGCUGAGCCAGACUUUGCCAAAAGAUUGCACAGUGCCCGUCCCUGUUGGUGUGUGCAAGAAGACAGUAGUAGAUGCAUCACGCGUUUGUCAAGGGGUAGGGAGUCCUCCACUUCAGAGUCAAGUGUCCUUUGGAAACGUCUCUGCACAGCUCUGCAACUUUAGCAUCUCUCACUACGCCUGUUCAUCAGUGGUGGCUCUGUCCUCCAGUGAUCUGGUCAAAGUCAUGGCAUGCAAGCUGACCAGCAGCAUGAACUACAGCAGGGAGAUUUGGAAUCUUUUCUUCCAAAAGUUUGCAGCACCUCUGGAUGAAGCCCUGGAUGCCUACUCCAACAUGACCCUCAACAUCAGUCUGCCUGACCCAUACGUUCUUGAUGCCAUCGGUGAGGUGAAAGUCAACAACUUCAGCAAUGCACAGCUUGCGGAUUCCGUUUUCAUCACCAAGUGGUUCCAGACGAGGCUCAGGCCAUUUUUGUCAUCAGUGUCCGUAGACUUCCUCUCUUGUCUCAGUUCCAAGAACUUCAGCUGUCAAACCUACCAAGUUGUGGUGGAGGCUUUUAGCAGGCAAGAUCAACUCAUGCAAGAAGAACAGAAAUGGUCCAUCUUUACUUAUUUCAUCUAUCCUUUCCUCUCAAGAGACGACCUAUCAGAUCCCGGUUGUGUUUCCAGCACUUCUGGCAGCGGUGACUGGCUAGCAAAGAACCUUGGCAAGUUCUCCAUCUAUGCCACCUUGAAAGAUCUUGGAAUUCUAAAUGAAAAUUUCUCCAGCUUUGUCUCUUUGGACCUGCUGACUCCUAGCCAAGCAGCUGAACUCACUCUGUCCUCUGGAGCACUAAACAGCACAAGCCAGAUCAACCUAGUCUUCUACCGACUAGAGAAAGGCGAUGCUUUCAAGAAUGUGGAUGAGUUUUUCACAGCCCUUAUUGAUCAGGAGCAGGUUGGCAAAAUCAUCCCUGCGGUGAGAGAUGUGAUGAUGAAUCUAACCUUCAAAAUCAUCAGCAUUAAGUUUCCACAGUUUGAGACCUCUGACUGGAUCGACUGGUUUGAGGUCAAGCUGACCCCUGUCCUUGCAAGUCUCACUACAGAGAUGCUAGCAACAGCCAUCAACAACACAAACUGCACUAACUACCGAGUGAUUGUUUCAGGAAUAAGCAGUGUGUUCUCUAAGAUGACUGCCAGCAGGAGGGAGGAAAUAACAAAGGUUUUAAUCAAACAUCUGAAGAAUCUUGCUGCACAGCUAAACACACCAGUUUGCAAAAAGGAUAUUCACAAUGAUUCUGAGUGGCUGAAUAUCAAUUUGGGUCUUUUCUCAACAAUAGCAGAAUACUCUGACAUCAAAGAUUUGAAUAUCUCUGGGGUGGUGGUUCUGGAUUCCCUUUCUCCUGAACAGAAAGCAGAGCUGAUACUAGAUCCAUCCACUGGCGCUCUAGAAAAUGAGACGCUAUUAAAGGAAGUGAUGAUGGGUAUCCUGUCAUCUUCGAGAGAGGAACAGCUCUAUACAUUUUUUGAGACUUUUUCCAACAUCACCAAAUCGAGGAACAUAACAAGGAUUCCUCCAGCAGUGUCAGAAACCAUUCUAAACAUGACACUGCUGGCUCUGGUGCCCCGAUUCCAGACCUUCAUCACACAGGACUUUGCCUUGUGGUUCCAGACCUAUCUCCACCUUUUCCUUCCUGGGCUUGGUCCAAACACCCUGUCCGUCAUCCCCAGGAACAUGAGCUGCAACUCCUAUAAAGAAAUAGUGAAAGGAUUUUACGAUGUGUACAGUGACCUCUCAGUGACUCAGUCUGGGCAGAUCUUCAGUUUCAUACAAGACUAUCUUCAGCACCAGUCCAGUCAAGGACCAAAUAGUUUGCGCUGUUAUGGCAGCGGGAGCUUCUAUGUCUUCCUCAAGAACUCCUUCCUCAGUUUUGGAUUUCCUGACCUGAGUGCCUUUUUGUCUCUCAUCCCAGCCAACCGACAGCAAGAGCUGUUGGGCUCCAUUACACCAGGAGAACUGUAUGAGUUUCUGAAUGGGCCGAACACAGUCAGGAACGGGUCAGAUCUCUGCACACUCCUCAACAACUACAACAGCACCAAUCAGUACCUGGAGACGCAGCCAGUUGUAUCUGCAGCUGUGGGCAGACAGACGUUGGGGUGCGUUUGGUCUCGUGCUCUCAGCGUCUCGUCUCAGGAUGAGGUGGCUCAGUGGUUUAAUGUCAGACUGGCUCAGUACCUGCCCCUUCUCAGCUCUCAGCUCAUCAGCCCCACCCAGCUCAGAGGCGCCUCCUGCCUCUCAUACAGGAAACUGGUUUCAGUCCUGGGGAAGAACUAUAAUUUCUCAGGUACUGACUUCACCCCAGUUGAUGUGUACAGCUCUAUAAAGGCUUAUCUGAACAGCAGCGAUGGCACUCCCCGUUGCUAUAACUCUUCUGAUCCUCUUCUGAACUCUACUGCCUGGUUUGCCAACAACAUUGGAUUCUUCGUCACCUUCAUCUCCCUCACUGACCUCCAGUCCUUCAUAUCAGACAGCCAGAUUGGUGUUUUCCUGAAUAACUCGGAGAAUAUUCAGCUGUUUAACAACUCAGGAGUUGCAGCCAAUGUCACCACAUACUACAGCACACAGCUAUACAUCCAGAAUCCCAACUUCAGUCCCCUCAGUUUGCCAGGUGUCCUCCUGUGUGGAGCUCCUGGUUCUGCAUUUGUGACUCUAAAAGCUACAGACAGCCAGACCAUCCUGGACAGCAUCAAGAAAUCCUGCCAACAAAUUAGUCCAGAGGUUACAGCAGCUCUUGUGGCAAACUUCCCUACUUUGUCAGCGAAUACAAUCCAGUCACUCGGCAAUCAGAGUGUUGGUCUGACUGAGGGCCAGAUAAGUGCCGCUCCUCCCAGUGUCAUUAACAGUACCCUGCCUGUACUCAGCGUCAUCACAGGCUGGAACCAGGGUCAGGUCAACAACAUCAUCCAGAGCAUCACUAACGCUGGCUUUAAUAUCAACAGUGGCUCCUCCCUGGUGUCUUUGGGCACGCUUAUUGGAGGCGUUCCUUCAGCAGCCAUCUCCAACAUCUUACCUGCUGAGCUUCUGACUGUGUCCCAGAAUCCAACAUUCAUCAACAACAUUCUGUCAGCACCAGUGAUUCUGCAAGAAACAUAUGUCCAGAAGAUUGUCUCUGUAGACCAGACUAAAGUGGUGGAGAACAUCCCAGAUGCGUUGGCAGGGUAUAUCCCACCUGUGCUACUGUCGUCUCCCACCUCCGUUAAUGUUACAAUCAUCAACAACAAGAGCUGGAGACAAGAACAGGCUGUGCUGUUGUUCAGCUCAGUGGCCAGCGCCAGUGGCAAUACAGAAGAGCUGUCGGAAUCAAUACUGCAAGGAUUCACCUGCAGCUCGGUUCAGAAACUACCACGGCAGAAAGUCACACAGCUGGUGAAAGCCUGCAGACCACGUACUGGCAGGAACAAGGUCGUCCUGAAAGAGUCUCAGCUGACCUGCAUGUACAACUACAUGAAAGACGAUUCAUCUCUGAACUUCACUGAUUUACCUGCUGACAUGCUUCUCUACUACAGCUACGAGAAGGUGCAGAAGGUGAACUGCAGGUCAUAUUUCGGUGCUCUGAGUGGAGCAGAUUUCUCAGUUCUUUCCAGCGUCCUCAAUAGACAGUCCAUCUUGUUUGAGAAUGCACGGGACUGCCUGGGUAUAUCUGGUGUGAGUCUGAACAGAACUCAGGUGGAGGUUCUGGGUAAUAUGGUCUGUACCCUGGACUCCACCUACAUUAAGAACUCUGAUCCACUCAUUCUGGAGAAACUGAAGAACUGUGGGGAUCUUUCUGACGCUCAGGUCACCGCUGUACAGACACUGCUCUACUCUGACAACACUACUUAUGGUAAUCGUUCAUCAUGGAAUCUGGACACUCUGAACAAGCUGGGCAUCCUGCCCCUUUACCUCAAACAAGACUUCUGGACCAAUUUUAACUCUACUACAAAGAAGACGUUUCUGAAGUCAUUCACUCCAUUCCUGAAGAAGCAGAAGAUCCAGAUACCGAAGCUCAGGAGAUUCUUUAUAGAAUCCAAUGUUAAUGUCAAAGUAGGAGCACGUGCAAUAACAGUAUGUGCUGCUGAUAACAACAUCACAGAGGCAACAAUUGCAGAUACCUCAUUCCCUCUCGGCUAUGACUCCACUCAGUUUGAUGCAUGCUUGGACAACACUUUCCUGAAAGAUAACCUGGCAGCCAUCACUGCGAAAGUGGUGGACACUGGCUUCCUGACAAUCAUUCUGAACAAAUUAAACCAGCUCUACCCAUCAGGCCUUCCAGAAAGUGUGGUACAGCUACUGAGUGCCGUGUCUCGUGUGGCCACUGUUAGUGACAUCAACAAGUGGAACAUCACCACAAUCGACACACUGUCCUCUCUGAUGAACUCAGAUAAUGGAGACUGGACCUCAGAGCAGAGUAAUGCUGUGAUUACGAGGUAUCUCAGCGUGGCUGGUAACACUCUGGGAACUGCUGAACUAAAUGCAAUUGGUUCCAACGUCUGUUCUUUGGAUGUCAGUGUUCUCAAAACCAUCACUGCUGACAGCCUGAGGAAAGCAAGCUCUGUGAAUGUAUCCUCAUGUUCCAUUGAUCAGAAAUCAGCUCUGUAUAUCAUCGCCAACUCCUCAUUCAGCACGCAACGCAGCGACCCUGCAGCAUUCUACCAGCUCAUCAACUCUUACCUGGGUGGAGCUCCUGUGGAGGAUAUACGAGCUCUUUCUACUCAGAACAUCAGCAUGGACAUCACCACUUUCAUGAGUCUGAACCUUCUGUGCUCAAGACCCUGAGUGUCAAUACAGUGCGUAGUCUUUUGGGAAUGAAUCUGGACAGCCUGAAGCUAUUUGAGAACACCACAGCAGUUCGGUCAUGGACGGAUCAGCAAUACAAGUCUGAAUUGGCGACCCUGAACAUCGGACUUGUAGGAGGCAAAGACGACCCCAUCAGCUCUACAGCUGCAACCAUCACUAAUGUUACAGUGUCACUGACUAACACCACCAUCACUCAGACCAGCUACACAGUCAAUGCUACAACACAUGGUUCCGGUGUUGUACAUCGUGGUUCAGGACUGUGGCUCGUCUCUCUGUGUGUAGGACUUCUGACCAUCACACUGCACACACUACGAUAACCAUCUAACCAUCCAACAAUCACACUGUCACUGAAAUACACACACUCACACACUCACAUACACACACACAAAAUACAGCUUCAGUGCUUCAUUACAUUACUCACACUAUAAUCACAUUCAUAGUUUAGUUACCAUGUUUUUUCUGUUAUCUGAGUAUUAAUACAUUGCACUGUAUUUUAACUUCAUCAAAUUUUCAGAGGAAUUAUAUUGUUUCAUUACCUAGAUGUGUUUUAUCCAUUCACAAUUGUACAAUCAAAAUUAUUAGUAAUAUUUAUCAAUUCUCUGUAGAUGUUUAGACAUGUUUUUUAUUUUUUUAGCAUAAUGGGACUGUUGUGCUGUAUCAAUUCUAAAUUUUGGAGUGGGACUAAUGUAAAAUCAAUGUUUAAAUCUUUAAACUAACCAGACAGUUAUUAAAUGAUUCUAUUCCUGACUAAUCUUCACUUAAUUGUUCAACUUCACAUUCAUUCUCAAUAAAAAUAACGUUUUAAAAACUUCA